AACCCCAUCCGAGCAUUAGGCAAACUCUCAGCUGGAGUUUACAGGCGACAGCAGACACAUCAAGGACACACCAUCCGGGAUUUACCAACCAGAUGUUUUCCUACCAGUGAAACUUUGCUUUUCCUGCGUGUCUUUUUUUUUUUUUUGCGUGUGAACCUGGUCUCUUUUUAAAAUUAUAAGUUAUAUUUUUUAUCAGCCUCACUCACUGAGGGUGCUGUAAAUCACUAAUUAUCUAACUAUCAUCAAGUGACUCGCAGAAACCAUACGACUCCUGUGUUUAGCUAAAGCUGAUGAGUUGUUAAAGGGACCUGCCUCGCUUUAUUUUACCUUCUGCUGUGUUUUUCCGGUGAAAAUCGAGUUUUAACCUUCAAAUCCAGCCGCUGCUUCUUAAUCCCGUUCAUCCUAAUUCAUCCCCCGGCACCAUGAUGUCCAGUGUGCGCCGGCACAGCCUCCGCCUGCAGUCCGAGCUCCAUCGCUGGAGCAUCUGUGACCCGGGCAGCCACCUGCUCCCGGAUAGCCUCCUGACCCGGGUCCCUGCCUGCAUCUCCCGCUCCAAGUCCUGCACCAGCUCCGCAGGGGAGUCUGACGGCAGCCGCGGCAGCUGGUCGUCCUCAGACUCUGUUAUCUCCACCGACUCCACUGGGGAGUCUGCGGAACCCGGGAGCCCGUACCGGGUCGUGCUGUUAGGGGCCAGCGGGGUCGGCAAGACGGCUUUCGCCAGCAUCUUCGCCGGAGCUGCGGACAGUAUGGACAGUGAUGACUGCGAGCUAUGUGAAGAUGAAGUGUGUGAGAAGGAAAUAGAAGUUGAUGGGGAACCUGCGACUUUGACUGUGCUGGAUACAUGGGAUUCAGAGACUGAUGCUGACGGGGCUCAAGAAUGCUAUAUGCAGACAGGUGACGCAUACCUGUUGCUGUACUCUGUGACUGACCGGGCCUCAUUCCUGCGAGCCUCAGAGCUCAGGAUAACCUUGCGCCGCUUCCGUCCUGCCCAGCACACACCGAUCAUCCUGGUGGGGAACAAAUGUGACCUGGUGCGACGCAGAGAAGUGUCAGUCAGCGAGGGUCGUGCCUGUGCUGCUGUGUUCGACUGUAAGUUUAUUGAAACCUCGGCCGCCAUGCAGCACAACGUCUGGGAGGCUUUUCAUGGCAUCGUGCAACAGCUGCGUCUACGCCGUGACUCCAAGGAAGCCAACAAGCGCCGCAAGCACAAACACUGUAAGACACGCCGCGAAAGCCUGCCUAUGAAGGCCAAACGCUUCCUCGACAAGUUGGUGGCAAAGAACAAUCCCAGUGUGGCCUUCUGGCUGAAAUCAAAGUCCUGCCAUGAUCUCUCUGUGCUGUAACAGCCUGACAGGCACUUGUAUUUUUUAACUCCAACCAUUUGAGUAUGUGAAAAGGUUUCAGCAUACUACAGAGCGGGAGCUGUGGCUGGAUAUUAAGCCUGCCUCUUGAGGCGUAGAGGUUGGAUGGUUCCAACCCAGACAUCAGUGAGUCCAUAAUGAGUGUGGUGCACACAAGAGGUGGAUGCAGCAUUUCAGUGCUUCGUUAUGUUGCAGUCUGAACUACACUGAGUGAACUGAGCUCAGUGCGUCAGCCUACGAAAUGGACUCCAGUAUGAGUGACAUUUCCUUUUGCAAAGUGUCAGUGUGGAGAAAAAUCAUUUGAAGUAAAGAUGGAAACUGACAGAAAGAUUUGUUGUUUGUAGCUACUUUCUCUGUUUCUUCUCACCUCUCUUGCUCUCAUACCUGCCAAUUGUGUCGACAGUCGAUCCCAAAGUGCUAGCUCUACCAGCUGUAAGCUAUGAUCAUGUUGAAUGAUUAUUUAGCCAUUACCUUGAGUUUAUAUGCUGUGUUUUGUACCUCUUUUAAAUAAAUACUAUAUUGAUAAUGUUGUGUGUUUUUGCUACUUGUAUGUAGAUUCAUUGUUGCCUAUUGAAUAAAGUCACAUAAUCCUG